CUGUGGCUGUGCCUGUGCCUGUGAUUAUGUGCCAGAGUGCCGAGAAGAAGUUCUAGGCGAAAGUUCGAAACGAUUCAGCAAAGGAAACGAUCAGUGAUUAGCGAUCAGUGAUCAGCGAUCCUCGACAGGAUGCACCUGCCGUGCCUGUUGCUUCUACUGGCUGUGGGCCUGCGCCUGCCAAGCCACAGCCGGGCCCUCGACGCUGUGCAGCCCACCUGCAGCCUGAAGGAUAACUGCAACCUGGGCGACAAUCUCCUGCGGCCAGCCGCCGGCCACGGCUCGGAUGGCGGGGACGCGUCCGCGGACAAGCUGGAGAGCAAAAUCGCAUCGAUAUUCGAGGAUAAGGUGAACUACAGCCUCAAGCUGUUCGCCGACGAUGCCGUGCUGGAGUACCAGGCGGGCAAUCUCACGGAGCUGCACUCGGACGCGCCCACCAACUUUACGCUCCACCAGCUGGAGCGGGGUACGGCGACUGGCCCCAACGACGACGACGACCACGACGGCGACGGCGAAGGCGACGGCGAUGAUGAUGAUCAGGUGGAGGAGGAUGAACGUGCCUAUCUGCACAACAUUGGCAGGCGCUUUCUGGCCAUCACACAGCCAUUUGACCCGGCCAGACAUCCAGAUGCAUCGACCCUGUGCCGCCGACAAAUGCGCCAGUAUCUGGACGCCUUGGACAACUUUGAUUUGUGGGCCCUGAAGAUGCACGAUUCCAGCGGCAAAUUGAACUCCGGAAUACUGAAUGGCAACAUCAACCAGCCGGGCGACUUUGACCAGUGUCUGGGCAUCCAGCAGCGGAUGCGCAACGAGGAUCCCCUUAGAGAUGAGAAGACAAUCUUGCGGGGACAAUACUGCCUGGCCUAUGCACAGCCAGUGCUGCCGCACAAAUCCAAGCGUCUGCAGACCUUCUUCAAGCUCAUCCAGUCGCAUGGCCCCUUCAAGAGCGAGUUCAACGAUCCUGGGCAUCGUGUGCCCCGCUACUCGCUUAUCAACUGGGGACUGUGCGUGCCAUCGGGCUGCUCCGCCCGGGAUGUGGAGUACACCGUGGCCGAGUACCUGAGCAACCAGACGGCAGCCACAGGCAUCAGCUUCAAUGUGCGCGUCGAGCCGCAGAUGUGCCAGGUGCGCGAUCAACAGCCUUGGGACCGCAACACCACAUGGGCAGUGCGCUUCUUUGUCCUCAUCCUGUCCGUGGCAAUUCUUGCCACCAUCUACGAUCGCUCCACCAAAAUGCAGCCAAAGCAGAAUGCCUGGUGCACGGCCUUCUCGCUGGAUAAGAAUCUCCGCUGGCUGUUCAGCACCAGCAGCGCGCCAGGCGACAUUGAGGCGGUCCAUGGCAUUCGCUUCCUGAAUGCCAUCAUGCUGAUCUUUUCGCACAAGUCGAUGGCCAUGUUCUUCAAUCCGUACAACAACCGCACGGCCAUGUCCGAGAGUCUCGGCCAGCCGUGGACGGUGAUCGGACGCGCCGCCUCCCUCUACACGGACCCCUUCCUGCUCUUCAGCGGCAUGCUCACAUCCUACUCGCUGUUCGGCAGGCUCAUGAAGCGUCAGCCCAUCCGGCUGAAGAACGAGUACAUCAGCCGACUAAUGCGUAUUGUCCCGCCUCUGGCUGCUCUGAUACUGUUCUGCACCUACGUGCUGCCGCUGUGGGGCUCGGGACCGCAGUGGAAUCUCGUGGUGGGUCACCAUGCCGACAUCUGCAAGAAGAACUGGUGGCGCAACCUGCUCUUCAUCCACAACUACUUUGGCUUCAGCGAAAUGUGCCUGACGCACACACACCACCUGGGCAUCGAUACCGAGCUCUUUGCCGUAGCGCCUAUCCUCAUCCUGGGCCUCUGGCGCUGGCCACGUCGUGGCCUCUUCACACUUCUGCUGCUCUGUACGGUGGGAACGGCGGCUCGCUACUACACAACGAUCGUGAACCAGCUGUCCAACUAUAUCUACUUUGGCACCAACAUUCAGCGCCUGUUCCGCACCGCCGACUACAUGUACUCCUUCCCGCCGCACCGCUCCACGGUUUACAUCAUGGGCAUCCUGCUGGGCUAUGUCCUGCGCAAGUAUCAGUCGGCCAAGCUGAGCAGCCUGCAGCUGCGUCUUGGCUGGACUGCGGCCACGAUAUGUGUGCUGGCCUCGGUGCUGGGCCCCGCGCCCAUGGGCGACAUCAACUACGUGUACAACUCGACGCAUGCGGCCAUCUAUGCGGCCUUCGCCCCGAUUGCCUGGUGCCUGUUCUUCUCCUGGAUCGUCUUUGUCUCGCACAAUGGCUACACGAAUAAACUGACGAAGCUGUUUGCCUGGCGCGGAUUCCAGGUGUCCACAAAGCUGUCGUAUGCCAUCUACCUGACGCAGUUCCCCGUCUUCUUCUACAACGUCGGCCGGAGACGUCACAUUCAUCACUAUUACAACUUUGUUUCGAUCAUUCUCGACACCAACGAAUUCAUAUCGAUAUUCCUGGCCUCUGUGGCCCUGACGGUGCUGUUCGAUGCGCCCUUCCAGAAUCUCAAGAAGUUGGUCAUCAAACGGCCCGCCUCCGGCUCCGCGAUCAAAGUCAAGGCGCUGCCAGCAAAGGAGGUGGUGGCAGAAACAGAAAACGCAACCACAACAGUAGUGCCACCAGAAUCAGGGACAGGGACAGGGAUAGCGAACACGACAACAGCUACGCCGCCCAGCACUGCCCUCCAUCCGCACCCACACUCAGAAUAGUCUGGAAACAAACAUUCAUAGCUGUAAAUUGUAAAUGUCCCUUCUUAGCAUUUAGUGGCAAUAGAUAUUUAGAUAUUCUCCCUCUCCCUCCCCACCCCAACCCACUACCACUCUCCGCAUUAACAUUACCAACCGCAUACCGUCCAGUCCAGCCCCAGCCCAUCCCAUCAUAUCCCUCCCUGCCCACUCGAUACCGAUUCCCCCCGCCCUUAGUCAUAGUGGAACGCUUUAUACAUUGUAAAUUCUACUAUUAGUCAAAUCGAGCGACCAAUGAGAACAGUUUCGUAGUCAUAAACCAAUCAAUCACUGCUUUUUGUACGAUAUUAUCUUGCUUGCAUAAACCGACCGGGUCAGCGCCAGUAGUCAUCGCUUUGGACAGAUCCGGGCUCCAUUCCAGACUGCGGCUGUCGGACCCUUGUUUCUUAGAAUAUACUUACGUUACCUUAAGCGAGGUCGAAUGUCAGCUUUUUUUUAUUCUAAUUUAAUUAAUAAAAUGUAUUAAUAUGUUGAAA